AUGCUGGGGCGCGUGGCGCGGGGCCCGGGCCUCCUCGCGCUGCAGGGCUGCUGCGGAGCGUGGCGGGGUCCCCAGCGGCGCCGUCUGUCCGGCCUGCCCCGCAACACCGUGCUGCUGUUCGUGCCCCAGCAGGAAGCCUGGGUGGUGGAGCGUAUGGGACGCUUUCACCGCAUCCUCGAACCGGGCUUGAACGUCCUCAUCCCCGUCCUGGACCGGAUUCGCUACGUGCAGAGCCUCAAGGAGAUCGUCAUCAACGUUCCCGAGCAGUCGGCGGUGACCUUGGAUAACGUGACUUUGCAGAUUGAUGGCGUCCUUUAUCUGCGCAUCAUGGAUCCCUACAAGGCGAGCUACGGGGUGGAGGACCCCGAGUACGCCGUCACCCAGCUGGCCCAGACCACCAUGAGAUCGGAGCUCGGCAAACUGUCCCUGGACAAAGUCUUCCGGGAGCGCGAGUCGCUCAACGCCAACAUCGUGGACGCCAUCAACCAGGCCUCUGACUGCUGGGGCAUCCGCUGCCUCCGAUACGAGAUCAAGGACAUCCACGUGCCUCCUCGGGUCAAGGAGUCCAUGCAGAUGCAGGUGGAAGCGGAACGGAGGAAGCGGGCCACGGUGCUGGAGUCGGAGGGGACGCGGGAGUCGGCCAUCAACGUGGCCGAGGGGAAGAAGCAGGCCCAGAUUCUGGCCUCCGAGGCGGAGAAGGCCGAGCGGAUCAACCAGGCGGCCGGAGAGGCCAACGCGGUGCUGGCUAAAGCCAAGGCCAAGGCCGAAGCCAUCCGGAUCCUGGCGGCCGCCCUGGCUCAGCACAACGGGGACGCGGCGGCCUCCCUGACGGUGGCGGAGCAGUACGUCAGCGCCUUCUCCAAGCUGGCCAAGGACUCCAACACCGUCCUGCUGCCGUCCGCCCCCGGCGACGUCUCCGCCAUGGUGGCCCAGGCAAUGGGCGUCUACGGCGCCCUCACCAAGGCCGCGUCUCCCGCCGUCCGGGACUCGCCGUCCGAGCCCGCCCCGGAGGCUGCCCGGCAGGAGACCGGCGUAUAGCCCGUGGGCCCGGAAACCAGCCAGCUUGUAGCCCCGGGGGCCCGGAGGCCGGCCGGCACGAAGAGCGGGAACCCCCGAGGCCCGGGAGGCGGAGGGGGAAAGGCGGCCCCCCGUCCCCGUGCCCCCGUCCCUGACCCGGUUUUUAUUUUUUUAUUUGAACGCUAAUCACGUAAUAAACGUCCGGUGGGACAACUGCAAAUCCCA